AAAUCGCAUCCUGAAUCUCUCAGAAAUAGUCAAUAUAAACAGAAAUAUAAACAAUUACCAAAUUGUUUCAGAGGGACAUUUCUGGUUUCCAAAUCAUCUGCAAGCAAUUAGAACAAGAAAAGUGUGAUUUUUUUUAUCUAGACGGAGUUCAGGAUGGAAGAGAAUGUAGAGAUAUAGGUGUAUGCGUUGGUGUUGGACACAUGGCGGAAAAUAACAAGCCUUCCAAUGUACAGUCCACUCGCUCACUCGUAUACAUAGGGGUUAUUAUCAAUGUUGAAAUUGUCAAUAUGAGUGAACACAAGUAGAUAUCAUUAGGGUUUAUGCCUGUAAUUAAAUAGAGCGCCAUAGUAAGUGAUGAUUAAGUGCAAUGCUUGUGGUAAAGCACAUUGUAAAAAUGGGUGAAUACAAUCUGUCCUGCUGCAGAUUCUGCUCAGCUACAGAUUGUGUCCAGUUAUAGGUUCUAACUGCUGGCUUUGUCCAGUUGCCAAUUCCAUCCAAUUCACUGUUCAAACUGUGUCCAGUUGCAACCUCUGCCUACUAUCAAGUGACUGCACGCAGUUUCGGAAAUAAAUUCAGGUAAAAUACAUUCCCGUUGCAAGUAUCCAUCCAGCAGAGUCCCCAGUGACCAAUCAGAGAGCGCGGGUAUGUUUGCUAUAAAGUGUGCUGGGGGGGAGGAGAGGGAAACUGUAGACAGAGAGAGAAGGAGAAGCAACAGCAACCGGGACAGAGCAGUGAAGCACAGAACGGAACAGAGCAAAGAUUAGUAACACAGGACGAAGCAAAGUAGUUGCAGAGCUCGCAGAAAAGUUCUACAGCACAACAGAGGGAGAAGAGAGCAGGAGCAGUAGGCGAGAAUCCAGGACCGGGAGCAGGCUGCAGCCUCCUGCCUUGUGCUGUUUGACAUGCGCCUGAUCCAGAACAUGUCGACCAUCCAGGAGUAUGGCCCGGCGGAAUAUACCGCCAACAACCGGGUGGUCAAGAUCGCGGUGAUCGGUGGCAGCGCCGUCGGGAAAACCGCUUUGGUGGUGCGAUUUCUAACCAGGAGAUUCAUUGGAGACUAUGAAAGAAAUGCAGGUGCUUUAUACUCCAGACAAGUCCAAGUAGAUAGAGAGCAGAUUGCACUACAAGUUCAAGACACACCAGGUGUUCAGAUAAGUGGACCAAGUCUGAGCUGCAGUGACCAACUUAACAGAUUCAUACAGUGGGCUGAUGCAAUUGUACUGGUUUAUUCAAUCACAGACUACAAAAGCUAUGAACUGAUCAGUCGCCUCCAUCAACAUGUGUGCCGUGUGCAUCCAGAGAGCAGAGUUCCUGUCAUUAUUGUAGGAAACAAGGCUGACCUCCUUCAUGCUAAACAAGUGGAAUCUCACCAUGGCCUUCAGUUAGCAAACAUACUAGGAUGCACCUUCUAUGAGGUGUCUGCGAGUGAAAACUAUAAUGAUGUGUACAAUGCUUUUCAUGUGCUUUGCAAAGAAAUUAGUAAACAACAAAUGAGCAGCAGUACUGAAAAGAGGAAAACCUCCAUCAUACCUAGACCAAAAUCACCGAACAUGCUAGAUUUGAGGAGACGGUUUAAACAAGCUCUUUCUGCCAAAGUGCGGACUGCAACAUCUGUCUGAGGUGGCAGCUGAAGAUAUUGAUAUUCUAAAUUAACACUGAUGUUUCAUCACACGUGUGUAAGAGACUAGGACAAGUCAAACUGAGCAUGAGAAGAUCUGGAAAGACAGUACAAUACUCAAUCAUUUGUGCCUUUGAUCAUUGCUCAGCUAGUAAUUUUAUGAUUUAGUACAUCAUGGAUCCGAUUCAUGCUACGGUGGGAGUAGACCGUUGAACUAUCAGAAAUCUCUGACUGAGCUCCUGUUGAUAGCUGCAUAGAGUUUGUUAACACAUCUCUGUAUAAAAUGAUGAAAAAGAUGCAGUGGUGAUGAAUAACUAAUUGGGACAAAACUCAUUUCUUUAAAAUAAUUCCUGUUCCUUUGUUUGUUGUAACUUUCCACUUGUUCAAUCUAGAAAGAUUGUAUUUAUAAUUAUAAUUGUUUCGUGCUUACACCAAUUGCUUUCCAUGUUUUCUAGUAAAAUGAGUUGCGUUCCAGCAGGAUGAACAAGGAAAGGUGGGCAGUGCAUUGCAGGAAAUCACAAAUACGUACCCGAUCUUGCCUUGUUUGAGAGCUACUUUUCCCCCUUGAAGUAGCGAGGUGCAUAGAAUCAGCCUCAUUGUUGCCUCUGCUACGUUACAGAAUGGACUGCUGUGCAAGUAUUUCAAUAAGCUUGAUACAGUCUUGGUAUGUGCAGCUUUUCAGAAAGCUAGCUUUUUGAUUCAAGUAAACACAACUAUCACAUAAGCCAUACGACUCUUUGCAUUCCAUUCCAGCCAGUGGGAGUAAAGCUGGACCUCCAUGCCUUCUCAAAUUAUUUAAGACCUUCUGACCUUCACAUUCCCCCUCCCCACACAGCAAUCUUGAUCGUGUAAAGAAAAUAUAGCAUAAAGGCCUGCAAUUGAAUCACCCCUGCUCUAAUCUAUGAUAUAAGACCGCAGGAAUUCAAUUGAAGCUUGUUAAAUAAAAACAGGCAAAUACUGUCCAGAGAGACAUUCUAAACUGAGCAUUGACACCUGACCUCAUGUGCUAAGUGCAAAGAGGAUGGAAGCCAGCUUCUAAAUGCACUUUAUAAAAGCCACUUGUGCUUUUGCUUUAAUCUAUUUACAGCAAUGAUUCCUCUCCAGAGGACAAUGGAUUUUCCAAUAUUUUGGCAAAUAAACAUUUAAACCAAGCAUGCUGUUUUAUGAAAGACUUUUCAUUAUUUACUUUCACAGUACAUCUUGUCCUUGUCAAGCCUAGGCAAGUGUUUAUUGUCACUGAGUCCAUUUACUAAUUUACAGUUUGUUUUGCUACCUUGCAUUUUGUCCUUGCAGUGUCUAUUAAGUCCCAAGCAUACUUCAGUAACAAAGUACUUUCACAUAUCUGAUCUAACCAUUGUAAUUUUCUUCCAAGUGUCCUUUUUGCACAGAGCCACGCAUUUUGUUUUGCUAAGGUUAGGAUUGUCAAUUAUUGAUUUCUGCUGAAAAAUGCAACCAUGUUCCUUGCAUUAAACUAGUCAAACAGUUCACUUUAAACAUCAAAUGAAGUCACACUAUACAAUUUUUAUUUAAGGAAGAUACAUCCAACUAGAUUCAGUGUUUUGGAAUAAGUGGAUGUGAUGAGUGGGCUCUUAAGUUGAAAUCUUUUCAAAAACUAACCCUCUUCCACUAUUAGCCAUUCAGUGCAGUAAAAUCUGUUUUCAGUCAAAUAGAAGUUCAUCACAUUAGUGCUUAUUUCAGUUGUGGACUAAAUCACUGACUACAACAGUAAUCUGUGCUACUUAUCUACAUAAUAUAAAUUGUCUCCACUAUUGGUAAAUUGAAACAAGAUGUAUACUCAUAUAUAGGAUUGGAUUGUUUAAAUUUUUAAUAAGAUGCAGAACAAUAUUUACACACAGUUUUAAAAGUUUCCAGACUUCAUUUAGCCUCAAUUUCCCUGAAUUAGAUUAUGAUUAAAUUGUGUGUGUGUGGAAAAGUGUUUAUGGCUUAAGUGUAGACCCCAGGGUCUACAACCAAUAUAUGUUUUAAAACAGGUAAUAAAACCAUGCAAUCUGAAAACAACUAUAAAUUGAGGACUAAUAUUUGUAUAGUAAUCAACGAUGCCUGCAGCGUGACAACUUUGCAUGAAGUAAUAAUUAACUAAUUUACUUUCCUUCCUUUCCCUUUCCUUGCAGUAUGCUGUUUCCCAUGUCCCUGGUAAAAAGAAAACUUUCAGUUCAGUACAAUCUGAGAACUGCAAAAUGCUUAGUAUUGUUUUUGGGAAAGGGAAAAACCGGUGGAACUCGAUUGUUCAUUUAUUUUUACACCUGUCCUAUAAUGUAGUCUUUUUAAAAUGCAGUUUGUAUAUUUCACUUGUCCUACAUUGAGUAUCCCCAUUUCCUGUCACUGUUAACCCUGACAAAUUAUGUCUGGUUUUUACAGAUGCUAAUUGUUCUUUGUACUUUGCUCACAUGAUUGUGUAAGUCUCAACAGUAAAUGUUAGCUAGGCUAUUUGACCGUAUAGGGUAUUACAACUGAGCAACCACACACAUGGACUUCCACCAGUGGUGGUUAGUUGAAUGGGGACCCUUGUCUUCACCACCACCCUUUCACAUUCCUGUCCCAGCUGAGGACGGAAAUCAGUAUGUUCUCAUGCUACAGAAAUAGGAUCAAACUUAGAGCUUUUGUAGUUGGAAUGGCUUUGUUAUUUGUUGGAAAAAAGAAUUGUUGGGGGAAGAGGUGUUUCAUAAAUACAAGUUCAUGUGCCAGCUCCUACUUGGCUGUAUCAGAUUUUGCUGCAUUGCAUAGAAUCAGCCUCAAACUGAAGAAUUUUAUUAAUAAUAUAGCAAAUGCACACCAUUUAAAAAUUAUCAGUGAUUUAUUACACCACAAUAUACUGCAACUGUUUCGAAGCUAAUAACUGGUACAAAUACCUCUUGUCUGCUCUGCUGUGGUUAUGUUCAUGCCUGGAUGUCCUUGGCGAGGGAGCAUGUAGGGUCCAUCAAUGCUUUCAAUGCCUUUGGAGUGGGCACUGUGGGGGAUAGAGUGCUUUAUUUUCCCCAUUCAACUCUAUUUUGAUUUAGUCCCUUCCUCCUCACCCUAUCCGCUCCCUCACCUUUGAUGAUUUGCAUUGCCCAUAAAGGGCUUUGCUUGUAAAUAGUCUGGGAUACAUGGGUGUUAUUACUGGUGGUGGUUGCUAGUUUUUAAUAUUAAAAAAAGCACAAACAACAAUGUCCUGGUGAUUGUAGUGGUGGCAAGGCGCUCAGUUGUGUGUGAUAGCACUUCUGAGUAGAAAAAGACAAGUACCUCUUGGCACCUCUUCCAUGGAUAUGCUUGUGCCCGGGCGUUAUUAGAGAAAUAGCACUCGGUGUCCAUCAAUGCUCUUGAUGCCUUUAGAGAGGUGGGCACACCGGGGGGUACAGUGCUUUAUUUCCCCCUCCAAAUCAACUUUGAUUUAGUCCCUUCCCGCUCUCCCCCCUCACGUUUUUUGGUUCACAUUUCCUAUAAUGGGUUUUGCUUGUAAAAAUAGGUAAUUAAUAGUGAUAGUUAGCAGUUUCCAAAAAAAAAUUAAAUGUCAUAGUGAUUUGGUGGUUGGUAAGUUGCUCAGUUGUGCAUGAUAGCACUUCUGGGUAACAGACAAAAAAUCUCUGUAGAAGCAUUUGUGGUCCAAUGUUCCUACCUCUGAGCUAGGAGACCUAGAUUCAAGUCCCACCUG